ACCCCGCUUUAGACCGACGAGGCUGAACAAUUCCGUCAAAGAAUCUAAAUCGUGCUUCCGAGACACAGAAAACCUCGACCAGAUUCCUCGAAGGGUCGAAACUUGAAAUGCGGAAACUCUACAAAGCAAAACAGCCAAAGAAAUGGCCAGCAACCCAACGCCGACGCCCUCUCUACCAACCAUGAAUUUACUCAGUCAACUCUCCGAAAGUGUGAAAAUAGCAGAAUGUCUUCUUCUGAGACUUGCUGCGACCACAAUCUUUCGGGACAGUCAUAUGACCGAAGAGUUUGAGUCCCUGAGUGAACGGUUUCUUAAAUUGUCAGCGGAUUUGCUCAAAACUAAAUGCGAAUCCCUUGACCACGAUAUCACUAUUAGAGUAGAUAAAGCAAAGGCAGCAAUUUCCUCCGAUACUUUGAAAUUCGAGACCUUUUUGAUUCGCUUGGUAUCUGUCUUCGAACCACGAGACGGCAAAUAUGGUCGGAAGUAUCACCGCAACCCAGCUCAGGCUGCUGAUCGAGAGAAAAGAAAGUUUCGCCGAUGCAAUCAAAUUUGCAAUAUGAGACCCAGCAGUGUUCUCCUUUGGGUCACUGCGUUGACAUUGACCGACUGGCAUGUCUCUCGCCAGAGUGAUGCGAGUUUUGACAAACUUCUCAAAUUUAUGGAAAGCGUCCAAGUUCCAAAGAUUGGUGAAAGAACACGCUUUGGUCUUCUGGAUAUUGGAACGGGAGUACUGAAACAUUGCGAAAAGUAUCAGGUCUUCCUGGAGACCCUUCUCUUAUCUGACCAAGACGACACAUGGCAUUUCCGGCACUUGUCUGCCUGUCAUGGAACUUCGUCGCUGUCAAACAUACCCAAACCCUGCGAAAAGAGUGUCAAUAAUGCACCCUCGGUAGAUAUGACAGAUGCAUCCGACGACGAGACUUGUCCUGAAGGGUCGGUAGUAUCGGACACAACGACUCUCCCAAAGCUCCUCACACUGGACGAGCUUGAAAAUGAUUCAAAAGACGCCGCGACUCUAUUGAAGUUAUUCUGCUUCUUGGAUGGGUCGAACAUUCCUUGCGGGAUGCUCCUCCGUGCCGGGCAGCCGCGCCAGCAAUGGUCCUCACAAGGCGAAAUCGAAGAUGUCCAUCCGAGCAAUGUCGGGUUCAACAGCGACCUUCUCUCGGUGAUAUCGGAGAAACAAAAAAUUGUCAAUGCGACACAAAGGCUCGAGACUCUUGGGUUCAUCCACACCGUUACUACCAAUUCCUUUGGCUCCCCAAUCAUCAAGAUGAAUCCCAGAGCACCGUCUGAUAUUGAGAGAAGCAUAGAGGAUCGAGAUGAAUGGCAGAACCAGGCACUUUUACUUGUCCAUUUUACAUUUCCUGUGGACCAAUAUGUUCAUUUGUUACUUAGCUUUGGGGAUAUUGGUCGAUCACAGCUAUUGCAAGUUCAGUACGUCGUGAACCAUCUACAUCCGACCCGAUCAGAUCGGCUCUCUGCCCUUGGUAUCGAUUGUUUUCUGGAGACUCUGUUGGCUGCUUCGUGGUUUUCAGACAGGAGUUGGAAGGUGCAUGUCCUCCAGCUCGUCAGGAAAACCCUGGAGGAGAACAAUAUUGGUUUGGAUUCCCACUUGUGGGCAUGGCUGGAAUUUCGCACGGCCAUGGUGCAGCGACUCAACAAUACAAAUGACACACAUCUUGCGCAAAUCUGUGAGCACCACCAGAAGAACGAAAGACGGAAUGCAUAUGUUGGAGGAUUAAUCAUUGCUCGAGCAAGCAACUUUCUUUUCCAAAGAGAUCUCUCUAAGGCAAUGUCAUUGCUGGAAACGUUCUUUGCGCUGAAUGAAUCGCAUCCUUCAAAGUUAGAGAAGUCGUUUUUGGCCCGAAAAGCUUUUGUGCAAAGUAAGAUUUGGCGCUUUCAGGGCCAUUUCCAGUGGGCCUACGAGAGUCUUAAGGAACAAUUGGCCAACAUGAUUGAAAAUGGUAUUUCUGGAGUUUCAAGUGGGAUUUCGGCGGGCAUAUAUUCCCAACAUGCUGCCGUUUUGUGCGAGCUAGGAAAAGCCAACGAGGUUCAACUAUUGGCGGAGAAGAUUGAUAUCUUGAAGGAGCUUGGUUUGCAGAAGUUACGGCGCACAAGGUCACUCCAACUAUCACUCGCGGAGGUCCUGAUUGAGCAACACUUGUACGACAAGGCAGCGAAAAUCUACCACGAGCUUGAAUGUACAGACGAGAACGAGUGGGAUGCCAUGGCCAGUUUCAACAGGCUACGAAUGUAUAUUGGUAGAGCAAAGGUCUCGCAUUUGAAAGGUGCUUGGACUGAGGCCCAUGUAAAUUGGAACAGUGUCAUGGCUAUGGCCGAGAAGACAAAUUGGUCGGAAGGUUUUCUUCAAAUGGUUGUGUGCUAUUCUCUUGCACAUGUUAGCUCCAGGCUAGGCCACAUUGAACAGGCUUAUUUCUAUAGGGAAAAGGCGGAAAGACUCUUUCCGGUGGUCCGCCGCCAGCACUGGUUUACUUGCCUUGGAACUUCCUGGUUGAGCAUGAUCCAGCAAGCGUUACAAGAAGAUGAGAAGCUGAGAAUUGUACGUCAGCGCGAUCUACCCGCUAGCCAGCGGCUAGCCUCUCUUAGAAUCAUGUGUAAGGAACACAACAAAGACAAGCAACUCCUAAAAGCGUACUCGAUAAUCUCAGUGCAUAUUUUCAGCCGUUCUCGGAAUCUGCUACGGAAAGAAAAUGCACCAGAAAAUGGUAAUUGA